ACUUGGAAGUAUGAAAUUAACUUAUCAAUUAGAUUGCACAUGCAAGUAAUAACAAUAAUCCAGAAAGACUCACCUUUCUUCAUUGUAAAAGUAAUUUUGUGGGUUUUCAACUAUUUGGUGACUUUGUGCUUUAAAUUGAUUUUUUUUUUUUUUUUUUUGUCAUCACUUCAAUGUAGAUGGAAAGGCUUUCCUCACACUUGGUAUUCUACGAGACUGAGGGGAAAAGGGAGGCCAUUAACGAAAAGAAUGGUUUUUUAUUUUUAUUAUUAUUAUUUUAGAAGAUUAACAAAUGAGUUGAGAGUUAAUGGGGGUGAAAAAUAAAUUAUGAAAAAAGAUAAAUUUCAAAAUGAGGUUUGAACUAUACGCGUUGACUUCCGUCAACUUUUGUCAAUUUAUUGGCCUAAAUGACGUCGGGGAUAUUUUUAUUUACUCAAAUGUGGACUGUGAUUUUUUUUACCAAACUAUUGCACAAGGUUUUUUUUUUUCACACCAAUUUGGUCAACUUGCCGUUUCAUAGUUGACUGGAUUCCCCUUCACUCUCGGAAAUCCAAAUCUUAAGAAAAAAAUAAUGGUAUACUCCUAUAUAUAAACCACAUCUCUCCUUCCACCUGCCUUUUAUUUUCUCUCUCCUCUCAACCUCUGUUUUCUUCUUCCCAUCUCCCAACAAUAUCAGACCUUUUGCUACAACAAAUCCAUCCUCCUUUCUUUCUCUCUCUUCUCAAUUUUAUGUCAUCAAUCACCUCUUUUCCUACAACUCUGUUUUUCUUCCAUUAUUAACCUUCUUUUCAAACUCAUUGCAUUUUCAUUCAAACCCAUUAAAGAUUUCAUCUUUUUCAUUUUUAAUUCCUGGGUUUUGAUUUAAUUGAAUUGGAAGUAAAUAGUUUACUGGGAAAUUUUUAACUAAACUAUAUAAAGAAAGAAAAAAAACAGAGGAAAUAUAAAAAGCGUCAGAAAUCAAUGGAACAAUAUUGCUAUUACAGGCCUUACUACAAUCCAGCGUUCGAAUCUUUGAUCGAACGUAUCAACCCUCCAAGGGUUUGUAUUGACAACGAUGCUUGUAAAAAUUGCACCCUUAUCAAGGUUGAUAGUGCAAACAAGCAUGGGAUUCUGCUAGAAGUUGUUCAAAUCUUAACUGAUCUUGACCUUUAUAUCUCCAAAUCAUACAUUUGCUCUGAUGGUGGAUGGUUUAUGGACGUUUUCCACGUGACGGAUCAAUUUGGCAACAAGAUUACUGAUGAAGCUCUUAUUCAGUACAUUCAGAAGGCUGUAUGUACCAAGAGAAAUUCAGAAGAGGAGCAAGUAUGCCCUGGGAGGGAGGUGAGACCUCGACAUGUGGUAAUGGAGCACACAGCCUUGGAGAUGACUAUGACAGAUCAGCCUGGCUUACUGUCUGAAGUGUCAGCUGUGCUCGCUGAGCUGGGGUGUCAUGUCAGCGCUGGUGUUGCAUGGACCCAUAAACACCGGGGUGCUUGCAUCAUCUACGUGGAUGACCAGGAGAUGGGCAGACCAAUCACUGAUCAGAAACGCCUUUCUCAUAUACAAGAACAAUUGCAGUCUGUCGUGGAGGCUCAUCAUAAGAACGGUGAAAAACAGACCGUGAGAUGGACAAUCCCUGCUGCCACUCAGACCCACACCGAAAGGAGACUCCACCAACUCAUGUUGGCUGACGAGGACUACACGACUUGCUGUAAUUGUGGGGGUAGUGUAUGUGAUGGUAAAGGCAUGAAGUAUGAGAGGCUUCGUGAGAUGAGCUGUGAAUGUAAUCAUGUAUCAAUAGAUACUUGUAAAGAGAAGGGGUAUUCUGUGGUAAAUAUAAGAUGUAGAGAUCGUCCCAAGUUGCUAUUCGACACAGUCUGUGCUCUAACUGACAUGCAGUACAUGGUGUUUCAUGCUGCCAUUUCUUCCAACUCCUCCAUUGCAGUUCAGGAAUAUUAUGUACGCCGCAAAGAUGGAUGUACACUGAACACUGAAAAAGAGAGGCGCAAAGUAAGUCAAUGCUUGAUUGCUGCAGUGGAAAGGAGAGGCACACAGGGCUUGAAGUUAGAUAUUACUGCCAAGGAUAGAACAGGACUUCUGUCAGAUGUAACAAGGGUUUUCCGGGAGAAUGGGCUAUCCGUAACAAGAGCUGAGAUUGGCACCAGAGGUGAAAAGGCGACCGGGACAUUUUAUGUUACAGAUGCUUCUGGGCUCAAGAUAAGCAAAGAAAUGGUGGAAGCAAUGGAAAAAGAGAUUGGUGGAACAAUUGUGCUGCAUGAUAAAUCACCCAACAAAAACAGAAACUACAAUAACACGAAUGUAAAGGACGAUAAGCCAAGUUUACUAUCUCUUGGUAGCUUUCUAUGGUCUCGACUAGAGAGGAUAUCAGGCAAUUUUGGACCCAUCUGGUCAUAAAGAAAGUUCUCUCAAGCCAGAGUCUCAUGUAAAUUGUAAAUAAACAAGUAUAGGUUCUGCUUAUUAGGAAGGUGUAAGUGUAACAGUAGUAUAUGAGGAUUUUCUCCUCUCUGGUUAACCUGUACAUAAUGCAAAUAGAUUAUACAUCAUAAAGUUUUUAA